GUUAUGCAAUAGCUUUCACCUUAUCGAUCAUUUGGGAUGUGUAGUCAUGCGGCGCAACUUUGCCAGUGUGAACGCAAACGCGAAGACUACACAUCCCGACAGACAGAGCGGCUCACUAGUUACACACCGAAUGUAGUUCCCUCCACUUGGGGAUCCGUUCAUGAUUCACUUCAUUAAUAAAUAAAUAGUUCGGUGUCAUGGCGGAAUCUGCAGCAUGUCCAGCCUUCCAGCUCGGGAGACCCCGAUACGAGCAGGGUUCAUUCCUGGGUCGACUGAGACACUUCAUAGACAUCAUUGACCCCAGCACCCUGUUUGUGUCCGAGAAACGAUUGAAAGAAUGCGAGAAACUACUUGAUGACUACAAACAUGGCGAGCUUCCACCUGGAGUGUCUGACCUUCAGCUGUGGGAAGCCCAGAAGAUCAAGCAGGCCAUCAUUCAUCCUGACACAGGAGAGAAGAUCUUCAUGCCAUUUCGAAUGUCAGGUUAUGUACCAUUUGGAACACCGAUUGUCAUUGGCCUUCUUCUUCCAAAUCAGACUGUGGUGUCUACCAUUAUAUGGCAGUGGCUGAACCAGAGUCACAACGCCUGUGUGAAUUUCGCAAACCGCAACGCCACAAAGCCAACGCCAACAUCCAAGUUUCUUCAAGGCUAUGGAGGAGCUGUGACCAGCGCUGUUUCUAUUGCAGUGGGGCUGAAUAUGCUGAUUCAGAAGGCCAACAAGCUGAGUCCUGCCACCAGAAUGAUAAUUCAGAGACUGGUCCCCUUCCCAGCUGUAGCCUGUGCAAACAUCUGUAACGUGGGCCUGAUGAGGCACAAUGAGCUAUCUGAAGGAAUUGAUGUGCUGGACAACAACGGGAACGUGGUGGGAUCCUCCAAAAUUGCCGCAACACAUGCCAUCAGGGAGACCGCCUUCACACGUGUGGUCCUCCCGAUGCCGAUCUUUGUCCUGCCCCCCAUCAUCAUGUCCUACCUCGAGAGGCUGCGAUUCCUGCAGAGCAACCGCCGGUUAUUGUUGCCCAUCCACAGCCUCGUGUGCCUGGUUACCUUCGGCCUCUCCCUGCCCGUGGCCAUCAGCCUGUUCCCUCAGAUGUCUCUGAUUGAGGUGUCUUGCCUAGAGCCGGAGAUAGCCAUGGCAACAGAUUGCAAGGUGUUGACCUACAACAAGGGUUUAUGAUGGAUGCCGCGGUGAGGGAGCGAGGAGAGCACGAGGAUGGAAAUGAGGCUGCAGUCGUCGGGUUCCUCCUGUCGGGUUGAGAGUCUUUCUGCUGCAGCAUCACAGCUGAGCCUGUAGAUCAUCGGUACUAACAGGGUUGUUUUUUAUUCCACGGUUCUCAAGAUCACAGCAAUUAAUGAGUCAAGGUUUAAAAAGAAGAAGCUCUGUUUAUAGAAAUGAUGAUAUAUUUACUGUGAAAUCAGUUUUUUAGUAUUGGUGAAAUGAUUUUAAUGUGUACAAAACAGUGUUUCCCACACAUGGCUGCUUUUCACACAAUGAUGAGGGUUUGAAUACAGUUUGAACCGGCAAUAACUGACUUUUUCUGGCUCUUCAGCUGCCUCAGUGUUUUUGUUAACGAGCCUUUUGACUGGAAACUGGAGCCUGUUUGGCUGACGGGAGCAGUGAGAGUGAACGGAAACGAUAAAGUUGAAAACAGUGAGGCGUGAGGAAGUGAAGGGUGACAGUAUUGUCAACUUGAUA